AUGGAAGGCAAUAUUAGCAAGUACGUCGUUAGAGUUCGCCCUGAUAAGGAAAAAAAGAUUGAAGAAUUAAGCAAUCUUGAUAAGGAAGAAGUUGAAACUUUAGAAAAGAAUAUUGAAAACAAUAUUGAACACAUCGUUUUAACUGGUAAUUCUUACUCUAAAAAGUUCUGUGAACAAAUUGGUGAAUUAUUCAAGAAGUCAACAAAAUUAACUAGAGUUGAUGUUCACGACACUUUUGUUUCCAGACUUAAAACUGAAUUACCUGAAGCUAUUGGAUUUUUAGGAAAUGGUUUAAUUGGUAAGAAUAUUAUCGAGUUAGAUAUUUCUGAUAAUGCUGUCAAUCCAUUUGGUGCUAUUGCUUUAAGUCCUUUCUUAGAAUAAGCUACUAGCCUUAAGGUCUUUUUGAUUAACAAUGCUGGUUUAGGUAUUGAUGGUGUUAAGACUAUAUCUGCUGCUCUCGCCAAGGGUACUCCUAAUCUAGAAAAGUUUGCUAUUACUCGUAAUAGAGCUGAAAAUCCAGGAGCUAUUGCUAUUGCUGAAGCUUUACCUAAGCUUACUAAAUUAAAAGAAUUAAUUGUAUUUUAAGAUGUUAUUAAAAAAGACGGUAUGUUAGCAUUACUUAAGUCACUUGCAACAAACUGCCCAGACCUUGAAUUAUUAGAUAUUAGAGAUAACUUCCUUAAAGAAGAAACUAUCUAAGAAAUGGCCAAUCUCAUUAAGGUUUGCAAGAAGCUCAGAGCCCUCAACAUUUCUGAUUGCAAUAUUGAAGAAGAUGAAAAUGAUAUUAUUAUUUAAGCUCUUGAAGAAUCUGAAGUUAAGCUUGAAAAACUUGGAUACAACUAUGCUGAAUUAAAUUCUAACUAAGCUAAAAAAUUAAUUGAUAUUCUAUUUUCAAGAAACAGUGAAUUAAAGAGAUUAGAUAUUAAGGGUAAUGACUUUAACUCUGCAACUCAAAAAUACUACAAGGAAAAGUUUGGUGAUAAAUCAGGUCUUAGCAACUUCGAAAGUGAUGAUGAAGAAGAAGAAGACCCUGCUGCACAAUUAGUUAAGGAUUUUGCCAACCUUCAUAUUUGA